CGAUAAAAGGAAAUGAUAGAUAAGCUAAUCGCAUUAAACUCGGAAAGUUCCAUCGACUCUGCCAUUUGUUAUGGAUGAACUCAUAUCUAAAGCUACAGCUGAAAUUUUAUUUCCUGGCAUCAAAGAUGUGACAUCAGAUCUACGAAAUGAAGAAUUAAGCAGCAGCUUUUCUGGCAGUGAGGAAGAUAAAUUAGAGCCCUCUUCUUUGACUUUAUUACGAGAAUCCAUCAUCCGAUCUAUCCAAAAUAGGCAGUCUCUUAUAACAGUCUCAGAUAAAAGACAACGUCAAGAAACCAUUAAUACAGAUUUAUUCACUGCUAGACCUAAAGUUGAAGUACAGAUUCUGAAAAACAAUGAAAACUCCAAAGUGUCAAAUAAACAGGAUUCAUUUCAGCAACCAAGCCUUCCUGUUAUAUCUAAUAAUUUAGGUGCAGAUAACUGUUUAGAAGAUUUUCAAUAUACAGCUGCCAAGGCAGAAAAUAUUCCUACUGCAACAGACGAAUCGAAAUCAGAGGAUAAACGCAAUACAUGUAAACCUCAAGAUAAUGUACUAAACGGUUUAAAACUCGCAUGCAGAAAUUCAAGUCAAGGAAUUUAUGAAAACUGUUCUACUUACAAUAUCAUAGCUGAACAACUAAAUCUCACAAAUGGAAAGCAUUCGAAAUUAAAAAAUAAAACAAGACGUUUAGACUCUUCAUCAAAUUUAAACGCUGAAGAAAAUGCAACACCGCUAGAAAAUCAACAUUCCAUUAAUUCUAAUAUAGAUUCUACUACAGAAUGUAUUAAUAAUGAUGACUAUACGACGUGUAGCCAAGAUGCACAGUUUUCCUUAAGCGAUUCUUUUUUCAGUGAUUUAGCUAAUGGUGAUUUGUCCUCCCUAUCCGGUGGAUCUUUAUCAGACUUUUCGGAUUCCGAACGUUCAAAUAGUAGGCACAUGUCAACAGCGAAAGAAGAUAAUAACAAAGUUCUGGCACGAAAUGUAGACCAAAUACGAGAUGAGGAGACUGGACUAUCUUAUAGUUCCAAAAAAGUGAGCAAAAGAAUUCGUAAAAGAAAUAAAAAAUGUAAAGAAAACAAACCAAUUACAUAUAGGUGUAAUAAAUGCGAUGCUUCUUACAUAGUCGCCAAUAAAAAAAUGGCAGAAAAUGCUCGUUGCUUACACUGUGACUUUUGGACAUCUGUUGAACCCGUUUUCGUUAAGCAGAAAAAACAAGCUUGGAAUACUUGCCGCAUAUGUUAAAUAAUCUCAGUUUCAUUAAUCUGCCGUUCACGUAUUUAAAAUAAAAAAUUUUAUGCUAUA